AUGGUCGCCAUUAAGCCAACUCUUGCUGCCCUCCCCUUCCUGCUGGCCUCCGCCAGCACGGUUGCGGGUCAGCAGUUCAUCUCCGGCGAUGACCUUGCCGUCCGCGCCGAUCUCGUCGACAACUACGACCUGCUCGAUACCCGUGACGAUGACAUCAUGCUUGAGGAGCGUGGCAGUGGUAGCUCCAAGACCUCUAAGAAGGACAAGCCUGUUACAACCAAGUCUGGCAAGACGAUUGGCGAGCCUAAGAAAGUCAAGGGUACCCACCCAUUGGCGGUUUCUGAUAAGGACCUUACAACACACGGCGGUCGGCCUGUCUCUUCUUCCUCUGUUAAUAUCCCCAUGAUGCUGGAUCUCACGGGGGGGAAGAGCAAGAAGGGAAGACGCAGCAUCUACCGGCGAGGCAGCGGCCAGUCCAAGCCUGCUAAGCCUGUUACAACCAAGUCUGGCAAGACGAUUGGCGAGCCUCAAAAGGUGAAGGGCACCCACCCAUUAGCGGUUCCUGAUAAGGACCUCACGACACAUGGUGGUCGGCCGGUCUCUUCUUCCUCUGUUAAUAUCCCUAUGAUGCUGGAUCUCACGGGGGGGAAGAGCAAGAAGGGAAGACGCAGCAUCUACCGGCGAGGCAGCGGCCAGUCCAAGCCUGCUAAGCCUGUUACAACCAAGUCUGGUAAGGCGAUUGGCGAGCCUCAAAAGGUCAAGGGCACCCACCCCAUAACUAUUCCUGACAAGGACCUGAAGUCUUCUUCUAAGAAGCGUCCUGUUUCCACCACCUCCAGCAACGGCGACCCCUUCUACCUUGACAAACACAGAGUCUCUACCACCUCCAGCAACGGUGACCCCUUCUAUCUUGAUAAGAAGGGCAAGGGCAAACGCAGCAUCUACAGACGAGGCAGUGGAAGCUCCAAGACCUCUAAGAAGGACAAGCCUGUCACAACCAAGUCUGGCAAGUCGAUUAGUGAGCCUAAGAAGGUCAAGGGCACUCACCCCAUGACUAUUCAUGGGGAUGACCUGAAGUCUUCUAAGAAGCGUCCUGUUUCUACCACCUCCAGCAACGGUGACCCCUUCUACCUUGACAAACACAGAGCCUCUACUACCUCCAGCAAUGGUGACCCUUUCUACCUUGACAGCAAGGGCAAGCGUAAGGGCAAGCGUGACUUCUACAUCGACUACUACUAUGCUUGA